UCGCGACCAUGAAGGUCCUUGACGCAGGCGACCACCCUCUCUCCAACGCCGACGUCCUCGACUGGGUCCAACGCAAACGUGCCCAGCACGCCGCCGAAGACGCCGAAGACAAAUUCAAAGCAAAGUCCAAAAAGGACUUCGUCCCAGCUCAGCGCCCCAAGAACUUCAUGCGCAUGCUCGACCGCACCGAACGCGAGCUCGCCUCAGAAAAAUACCCCUACACCAAAAACCCUUCAGCGUAUUCAGGCGACGCCCGUAAAUCCGCAUUCCAAGCUUUCGUGCUUGAAGCAGAAAAUGUUAUCCAAGAUGCUCUCCAGGACGAAUGGAGGGAGAAAUUACAAGGCAUGUCGCGAGAACAGAUCGAUAAGGAGUUUGAGCCGGUACAGGAAAUGAAGUGUUUAACCGAGCCGGAAAUGCUCAUGCUGUAUAAUCAUGCGCCGCAGUGUGUGGAGAUGCUGCAGCCUAUGAUUGAGAAUUGUGAGGAGAGGUUUACGGCAGAGGAACAGCAGAUGCUGGUUGAUGUUGUGGUCAGGGUUUUGAGACCCGAUGAGGUGCCAAGUGAGGGUUAGGAACUUCCUUUGCAUCCUCGUGGGGACCAUGGUACCAAAAAGAGAACUGAUUCUAUGGAAAUGGAUAGGUUUUUCGAGGGAGUGAGAGGGCUGGGGAGGAAGAGAAUUCAGCAGGAGGCUGACGCUUGGGGAAUGAGCGCCGAGAACUGAUCCAGAAAUCUCGUCAAGCAUUAGAGACACGUUUUGUCGGUGUCGGUGUCUUGUACUGGAUACCGAC